CCACCACAACCUCAAUUGCCACCACCACCAAGUCAAAUUUUGCCUGGUCCUAAAGUAGCUCAAGAACAACCACCACCGCCAGGACAAGUUCAAUUACCAGUGCCCACUCAACCGCCGCCUCCGAGUCAAGUAACAACCUCAGCGACUCCAGUGACAGCAGCAACAAUAGCAACAUCAACAAACCUUGCUGCAGCUGCAUCUAUUUCAGUAAUUACACAACCGCCUCCUCCAGGUCAAGCUACACCACCAACUUUACCAUCGACAACAAAGCCUCCUCCCUCAGCAAAAGUAAAUGCCAACCCACCUUCAAUUCAGAUGCAACCACCACCUCCUGGCCAAUCUGCUCCUUCACAAGCACCAACUCAGCCACCACCACCUGGACUUGAAUCGAGAGCUACAGAAUUCCUAGCACAACUUCAACUCUUACCAAAAGCCGCGCUUGCCUUACAAGCUAGCAAGGCACAGACGCUUGGAAAUCAAUCGAUACAACCUUCUCAAACUCUAUCAAGCCUUCCACAACAACAGGGGGGAUUGAAUUCUGCUGCUGUAGUCGAUAACAAGAAAAAGGGCGGCGCCGCGCUCUCGCGAAGACCCACACAACCAUUACUCCUGUUGUUACACGAAUGCAGUAAGGAGUAUAUCACUGGAUAUCUUUCGAAAAAAACAGAAGAGGAAACAACAGAGUUAUUUAGCGAUCGAAAGAAAUUGCAUGCUGAUUUAAAACUCUUUUGCAACGAGAUUGUUGUUCAAACAACAAGAGAUCGAAUUUUGCAAGAGUUAGAUGAAAAAGGAAAGGAGGUUGUAAAGGAUAUUACGUCCGAGUCUGAAAUAUUUACAGAUGCGCUUGAAGAGGUCAAAUUCCAAAGCAAUUCAGUUGCUGUGCCCGAGAACGGGGUAUCAAAUCAAAACACUACUUCACCAGAACUUUUAACGGUAUUUCGAUUAUGGGAACAACACAAUAAAAAAGAUGUGGCAGUAAUGCAAAAUGUUUAUACAGACCAACCACGUCCUCGUGGUAGAGGUUAUAGUAGAGGAGGUUAUUGGCCACAACGUGGUGCACCUCCAAGACAUUCUCCUUAUCCACAACAAGGAGCACCUCGUCGACGUGAUUGGGGAGGAGGUAUUCGUGAUGAUCGAGAUUAUAGAGAUCGACGACCAGAUGAUUAUCAUAGAGAUCGUCGUGAUGAAUAUCAACGUCGGGAUUAUGAUCGUAGACAAGACUAUCGAGCUCCACCACCAGGACCACCUCCGUUUGGACGUGAAAGGCCCCAAUUAGCUCGAAGAGAUGAUCAAUAUCAUCGACCGGGAGGGGCAUAUGAUGAUAGACGAAGAGAUACGAAUAAUAUAUAUGAUCGUAGACCUGAUGAUAAUAGACAUUCUAGAGAUUAUCGUGGUCCGCCACCACAUCCUGGUCCUAUUGUGCCACCUAAACCAUCACCGGCAAUUUAUGAAGCACCACCAAUGCCUCCCAAUCCACCUCCCGCUCAUCAAAUGCAACCAUCAUCACAAGCGGGAUAUGAGUAUCAGCAAUACUCUUCAGAACAGCAAUUUUCUACAACUCCAACGGGAUAUCAGCAAGAUUAUACUGGCCAGACUUAUGCUGGUUACUAUCCACAAUACCCACAAGAUCACCAAUUGAAUGGACAAGCAACAAAUCAAUACCAAUAUCCUCAAACUGGUGCGGCUGCCGCAAAUACCACAGGUUGGGAUGCUGCACAGAUGCAAACAAGUCAAUCUCACAUCACAUCAUUCGGAUGGAACCAACCAGGACGACAUACAGCAAUUCCAUUGCCCACGGACUUCAUGGCUGGCCCAAGUUCUGCACCAAGAUUGUCAAUGCCAGAACCGCAUGAAGUGCUCGGUGUGAUAAAAGGUGUGAUUAUUCGAGAUGCUCAAGGUAAUAUCGGGUUGAGUAAAUAUCAUUUCAGUACGAUGUAG